AUGGAAAAAUCUGGUAUUUUAUAUAUAAAGCCUAUAAGUGCAAAAUUAGUACGAGAUGUAGAAAUGCUUGGAAUUAUGAGUCCCUACUGUGAAAUUAAAAUUGAUGAUCAAAUAUUCAGCACAAAAGUCUGUGAGAGCGGGGGGACUAACCCUCAUUGGAGUGAUGAAUUCAUAUUUAAAAUUUCUGGUGAGAACCAUAUAAAGCUUACAGUAAUUGAUAGGAGGACAAUUAAAGGCGACCAAGAAAUAGGAAGUGCCACAAUUCCUUUAGAAAAUAUUUUUACUACAAAUAUUUUAGAAGACUGAAUCGGAAUAUAUCAUGAAAACGAAAAUGCUGGGCAGAUUAGAAUUUAUAUGAAAUUUAGUCCUGGCUCUCAAGAGUUUCCUUCAAAAAUAGGAAAUAUUGAGCCAAAGCUGAUUGGUUUUGAGCAUGAAAAAGAAACCCAUCCAUUGCACGAUUUUACACUACCCCCAAAGCACGAGACUAAAGCUCAGCUAGAAGAAUUUUCAGGUGGAUUAACAGAUAUAGUCCCUGCAAUCUUUUAGCUCUCAAUAGGGCUGAUUUCAGCUGGUCGUUUUAUUUCAGGCUUAAGAUGUCCCAAUGGAGAUCUACCUGAGCUCUGCAGGUAUACAGAUCCACUUCUAAAAUUUGAGAGGCGCAAAACAGAUUAA